UCCAUGGUUUUCAAUUGUUUUGUCCAAAUGUUUUUUGACGAGCAAAGUAUUUAUCCUCUUCAAAGUCAAAAUUUUUUCAGCUAAUCCGUUUUUAUUAUACGAAAAACCAAUCUUACGAGUAAUGAACACGUAUUGGAUUUGUUCCGAAUUUAUUCGCUAGUAUCAUUGUCAUCACUUUCACUUUUCACGCUUUUUGCUCUAUUCGUGGUUUUAGUGUGCAUAUACUGCAUAGGCGCAGUCGCCAUGGAUGACACCAUGUCGACCCUAACGAAAAUGACCCGCACGGUAAAGAAACUGGAGGUGCCCAGACCCCUGAAAUCGACGACUAGUUCCGCACAUACCCGCAACUCUGUAUUAGAUGUGAAAAUUAAUUCUGUUGAUGAUCUAAUAGUGCUGACGGAAGGUGUGGCAUACCAGAUGAUGCAGGGGAAUUUUGAUCGUGCCCUCCAGAGCAAUGUGGCUACCAUGUACUCCAAUCUCAAGCUUUAUGGUGCCCAGCUCGAAGCACUUUACAAGGAGUUUCUUGAUAGAUAUUUUGUUGUAUUCCGUAACGGGUCUCAGGAUGAAAGAUUAGACAAAAAAACUCGUCUCCAUCUUCUUGAGUUAAUAGAAUUACGUGCAAAGCAUUGGCAAGGAUCUGAUUAUAUGAGUCAAUAUUAUAGACACCGUGGUACUCACGCUGAGCCACUGUUAGUGCCUACCAUGGAAGGGUCGGGGUCGGGUGGCUCGGUGUCCCCCACGCUGGCUGCGCCUGCCGAGCCGCCCACUUUACUUGGCCCCGGUGAAGUCAUCAAGCCAUCUGGCAAAUUUCCUAAGCCAACAAAAAUACCGGGCAAAAACUAUUCCAAGGAUGAAGUUGUUAUUAGAAAUGCUGAUUCUGGAAAAGUGAUGGGUAUCAAGGGCAGACGGGUGCACAUGAUCGAGGAGAUAAGUGACACGAUAAUAUCGUUUCAGAGAGUGAGUCCAGGCGCCAAGGAGAGGCUUGUUCAAAUCACAGGUCCUAAUGAAGAAAAUGUUAAUCACGCGAAGCACCUGAUCGGCGACACGAUCCGGCGCAACGCGUCGCCGGUGCGGCUGGAGGGGGCGCUGGAGGGCGCGCUGGCGGGCUCGCGCGCCUCGCUCGACUCCGCCGGCUCGGACGACGCGCCGCGCCUCGUGCAGCGGGAGAAGUCCCCUCACAACAACACUCGGGCAUUGCUCCAUAGCUUCUCAACUAACGACGCCGCGCUGGGAGAGUAUAAGCACACUGUGACUUUUGGCCAACAUUCCAUUAAGAUCACGGGCAACAAUCUGGAUCUUGUUAAAACGGCGAAGCUGGUGUUGGACGAGUACUUCGAGAGCGCGGGCGCGCUGGAGGCGCUGGGCGCGGGCUCGGGGGACUUCUUCACGCUGUCGCAGCGGCCCGGCGCCGCGCUGCUGCUGCGCGAGGACGCGCUCAACGGUGACGAUGAUGUGUUCGCCCCCGCGCACGCGCACGCGCACGCCGACGACGCGCAAGGAGCGGCCGGCGCGCGGCAGACGUACACGUACGAGACGCUGGUGCAGUACGCGGACUCGCCGCUCAGCAAGCUGCCGCCCGCGGGCCUGGCCGGCUUCCCGCCCGAGCUCGUGCGCAAGCACGGCGAGGCGCCGGCGGGCGGCCGGGGCGCCGCCGACCGGCCCUAGGACUCCGCUGCGACCUGCCCGCCUCCCUCUGCCCGCCUCGCGCCCCGCCCCGCCCACCCCGUCCCACCUCACCGCACCGACGGGUUUUUUUGAUUUCAAUUUAAAAUAAUUUUUACUUUGAUCUCAAAAGGACCCCGACGCGAUCGCUUUACGCACGCUUUUAAUAUAGCAAAUUCGAAUGUGUUGAUAUUUUUGGAAAUGUCUUCCGAUUUUGAAAAUUGAACAGUUUUCCGGUUCUAUGAAUGCAACCGAGAUUAACUUUCACCAUAUUUGUUUCGGCUGGAACACAUUCGGAUUGCCGCUGCCGGCAUUCGGCGAGCCGCAGCGCCGCAGCGCCGCAGCGCUUCGGCCACUUGCGCCUGCUUUACUUUACUAAUAUAUUAGCUUUAGACACCCUGAAUGUAUUGUGACGAUGCUCAUUAAUGCCAAAUAUAUUGACUAACUAUUAUACGAUUAAAGUACAAACCCUGGGCUCGCAUACUUACCAACGUAUUUAUCUAAGCUUUUCCUAAACUAAGAGUACAUGAUGUCAUUAUAAGAUUAACAUUACGUUUUACUAAGACUGAAUUAUUUAGUAAUAUAGAAAUUACCUCAGAGCCCAAGGGUAAUAGAUUAGGCGUAACUUGGCCAUUCUGAAAAGACGAUGUUUCCAACAGACCAGUGAUAGAUAUCCAUCGCGACUGCUAAAGUGAUAAAAGUUAUUUAAUUGCCAGUGAGACAUUUAAUAACUGAGAAUGGCCAAGAUAUUUACUUAAUUUCUUUUUAAAAUUAAGGCGUAGAUUAAAAUCGACUUAAAGUUUAUAAAACUGAGGACUUAGGUUUAGAGAGAAAUUUAAAGAUUUAAUAAUGAUUGCAAGGUAACUAAUAUAAGUAUAGUUAAAAUUAAUGUUGUAUGUUGUAUGUUGUUGUUGUGAGUGUGUAAGGUAUGUAACAAAUUGUUGUGUUGUUGCCGCGCGGACAGAACGGGUACUCGAGGGAGGUUCGCUACAGGUAGACUUGUAUCCAUUGAGCGGAUUGAAAAAAUAUUGAUCUCUGGUUAUUGUCGAGGUGAUUUGUAUUGUUAUGAUUUACUUUAAUUGUUAAAUUCUUUUGUGUUAUUUUACCGUUGUCAAAUUGAUUUUUUUCUAAAUAAAACGUUAAAGCUA